AUGGACACCACACUACGAUACACAGGUCAGGUGAUGAGUUUUUUCACUCGUAGAAAUGAAACCAACGACAAGAAGAGAAAGAGUCUAUUGUCGGGUCUUUUUGAAGAUGAUGAUGAUCAUCAUGAGGCUCCUACGAACAAUAAUAACACUGCGGACGCGAUCCAUUUGAGAGUUUCAACCAAUUCCACUCGUGAUAGAAGAUCAUCAACAGCUGGAAGUGAAGUUGAACAUCACGGAAUUGGAUCUCCAACAUCAAUGAUUGAAGGAAGUGGAGUGGUUGGUGAAGUAAACUUUGAUGUCAAUGACUUGGAUAUUACCAAUGAUGAUUUUGAAGAACUGAUUAGUGAUUUGGAUACAAUUGAUUUGAAUGCUUUCCAACAAGACGAACUAGUACAGAAAGCUAUUCAAGAUGGAGUUGAUUUGAGGGAGUAUUCAAAGCACAUUGAAGAUGAUUUGAGAAAAAUUGAAACUCAAUCCAUCGAUGACUAUCUUGAAGAGAGCGAAAGACUUGCUGACCUACAUGUUCAGUUACAACAAUGUGAUUCUGUGUUAGAGAAAAUGGAAAACAUGUUACAAAAUUUCCAAGGAUCACUCGGAAAUAUUUCUGAAGAAAUUAAAACUUUGAGAGAUCAAUCAUUUACCAUGAACAUUAAAAAACGUAACAGAGAGUCCGCUCAACAAAAGCUUUCUGUAUUUGUGGACAAACUCGUUGUCUCUCCUGAUUUGACAAAGAAGAUUUGCGACGAACCAGUGAAUGAUGCCUAUUUAGAGCAUCUUCUCGUAUUAGAUGAAAAGAAAGAUUAUAUUACAUUGAUUCAAAAUGAUAUUAAGAAACCAAUCAGGGCAUGUGAUGAUAUGCUUCCUCUUUUAGAUAGGCUAUGUACAAAGGCAGUUUCAAAAGUUAGAACAUAUCUCUUACAACAGUUGAAUGAAUUGAAGAAGCCAAAAACAAAUACUCAAUUCAUCAAACAGCUUCUUCUCAAGAAAAAGUAUUACUACGAUUUUGCAGCAAAACAUUCUCCACAGACAGGAGAAGAACUUGGUGCCAUUUAUGAAGAUAUUAUUGGGAAAUACUAUUUUAAUAGUUUCAAAAACUAUGUUGUGUCCCUUCUCAAGUUGGAACAGAAAGUAGGAACGAAACAAAGUCUCCUCGUUGAACCUACUGUAUCUCUCUUAAAUAAUAUCACAAAUAUUACAGUGAUUAAUCCACUUCAAUAUACAACAAAUAUGUUGGCAUCCACUGUUGGGUUAGGAACACCAAAUAAGAGCGGAGACGCAACAAAGGAAAUGAAUCGAACAGUGUUUACUCUAUCAGAUAGAGCACUAGUAUUAGAAAAUGCUACUGAUUUGAAUUCUCCCAUAGUUGCAAGAGUUGCCAUUGAACAAAACAAAAAAUUCUUUAUGGAAGAAAUUUUCAGAUCUGUUCACAUCCUUUUAAUUAACACAGCAACUAGCGAGUAUAUUUUCUCAGUUGAUUUUUUCAAUAAUGACAAAAUGUUUGAUUCACUCUUCAGCAAAUCUCUUCAAUUUUUGAAAGACACAUGGAUUGGUUUCACUUCUACAACAUUUGAUUGCAUAGGUUUAAUGUUGAUGAUUCGAUUGAAUUUCAUGUUUUCAUCACUUAUGGAAAAGAGAAACAUGAAAUGUUUGGAUAUUUAUUUUGACGAAGUACACAAAUUGUUAGUUCCAAAGUUUAACGAAAUAUUUGAAAUGAAUUUAAAGUCUGUUACAGAGACAAAACCAGAGCAAUUAGUAUCAAAAGAAAAGGAUUCUCAUACACUUGCUAAGCGUUAUGCAGAGUUAGCUUGUUCCAUUCACGCUCUCAAUAGAGAUAACCCUCCUAAAUUUAAACAAGAAAUUGAACACAAACUUGCGUCCCUUCGUGAGGCUGUCACCAAACAGUUGACUCUUGUUUCUGAAAAGAUGUAUGGCACCAAAGCAAAGAAAAUUCAAGUUUUCCUCAUCAAUGCAUAUGAUUUGAUUCUCAAUCACUUUAUUCUCUCCAAGAUUGAUGUGAAUGCUGAUGGCACAGCAAUUUCAAAAUUGUUAAACAUUCAGGUGAGCGCAUAUAUUGAAGAGGAAUUAACAGAAUGUUAUGCUGGUUUGAUAUCCUUUGUAAAACAAACAGAACCUAAAUUAGGACAUGUAAAUAGCAAGAAUGAUGGGGAUUCUAACAAGAAUUUUAUUCAAAACAGAACUAAGGUAGAUGUUGCUGAAAUGGAGAAACUUGCAAAAGAUUUUGACAAGAAUUGGAAGCAAGGUAUUAGUCAUAUCAAUUCCAAUAUUUUACAAAACUUUUCCAAUUUCAACACUGGCAAGGAGAUUUUGAAUAAGACCUUCACACAGCUCUUACUUUAUUAUAGUAGAUUUACGAAUAUUGUGGCUGCCUGUUAUGGAGACAAUCCACCAUUCCGUUCUAGUCUCAUUACACCAACCAAAAUACAGUAUGAAUACAAGAAGUACAUUCAAGAUUUCAAUAAAGAUUAA